GGGGGGGGGGGGGGGUCUGGGAAAAAUCUCCGCGAUGAGGAGGAGAAAGGGACUGUGGAGAGGAGACAGAGGUCCCCAGACAAGAUUGUGACACCUCCCCAUCGUCACACCAUCCCACAUCUCCAUGCCGAGACGCGCACGCCUCUGAAGAUAGGGGAGGAUGGAGCGCGGAGGAAAGAUAGAAGAGCAGAAGAGUGAGGAGGAGGUGGAGGAGGAGGAGGAAGAUAAAGAGGAAGACCGGAGGUGUGGAGGAACGAACGGCAGAAGCGAAGGAACAAGGAGCCGGGAAGAGAGAAGAGACGGAAAAGAGGAUCAGGCCCCAGUAGAAGUCAUGACCAUCCAGUCCACCAACGGAGAGGACCUCCCGGUGACGGAUGGCCUGGGUGGAGGAGAAGAGGAGGUGGGGGUCCACACACACAUGUCAGGAGGGGCUUUGAGGAUGCAAGCGCGUCAUCUGGAGAAACCCAUGAAUCACCUGACUCUGGGAGAGAGAGAUGCUGCGGUUGCCACGGACGCGAGAAACGGGCACGUUACGCCAGAGGACGUGGACGGUGUUGGCACCCUGUCCCUCUCGUGUCCACCUUCAGACACCUGGGCGCCAUCCAUCUCUGAAACGCCUCUCUCCUCCUCCUCUUCCCCAAAUCUUAUCCCCACUUUCUCUCUCCCCUCCUCCUCAUCCUCUCUGUCCACCACUCCGUCGAUGUCCCCGGCCCCCUCCCUCUCCCCCUUGCUGCCCGAGGGCACGGAUGUGGGUGUUCUGCUGGCGGGGGGGCACCUGACACUGGACGUAUUUAAGGGGGGAGCAGCCGCACUGCCCAGCCUGUGGGACACUCAGCGGGAGCAGCUCAGGGAGGUGCAGUACCUGCGGCUGGGCUCCGAGGACCAGGGGGCGCUAGAGAGCGCAGUGGCUGUGCUUCCUAAUCUCACAGGACUACGCUCUCUGGCCAUCAGAGGUCAUCGUUUCUAUGACGCCCAGGGGGUGCCCAUCCCAGGCCUCCUCUCGACCCUCCCCUCGCCCGUCUCCUCCCUCUCUCUCCUCGUCCACCUGGACCUGUCCUUCAACCGGCUCCCGUCCCUGCCGCUGUGUGUGCUGUCUCUGCCGGUGCUAGCGGAGCUGAUGCUAAGCUACAACCGGAUCUCCAGCCUGCCGGGGGAGCUUGGGGCGCUGGCGUCCCUGCGAAGGCUGCUCCUGCUGGGCAACCGGCUCCAGGCGCUGCCCCCCACGCUGGGCAGGCUCCAGGGGCUGCGCACGCUGGACGUGUCGGCCAAUCAGCUGCAGGCGCUGCCCGAUGAGCUGGGUCACAUGAGCGGCCUGACGACGCUGGAGCUGUCGCAGAACCGGCUCACGGAGCUGCCUACGACCCUGGGUUCUCUGUCGUCUCUCCGGGAGCUGGUUCUCCAUAGCAACAAUCUGCGGAGUAUUCCGGAAUGUGUGCGUGCCCUCCCUCACCUCUCACUCGACCUGCGGAACAACCCCAUUGGCCGACCCCCCACGCCCCCACCUCUCCCCCCCAACCCUCCAGCUCAAGAAGACACCGCAAUACCAGAGCUGCACUUAGGAAUAAACCAGCACAGAUUCACUGUGACCACAGAUGGAUGUCACGUUUUCAUCCCUGGAGGGGCGGAGCUCCUGUUUCCACGGCAAUGUGUGGCAUCUGUCACUAGGCUGAAGUGGGUGGAGCAUAAACUGGACAGGAAGUGGGUGUGGCUAGAAGAGCAUGACCUCCUAAUGAGUCGCCCACUGGAGCUCCUCCCUCAUGGUGUCUCUUUUGAGAAGCCGGUGGAGGUGUGUGUUCCGUAUCGGCGGGUGCGCCAGAGAGAGGUGGUGGUCCGCAGGUUUGACGGGCAGCAGUGGAGCACACUCCCCACUCUCACCAGGAGGGGGAGCCAGAGACACAGCAGUCAGCCCAGGGGACGGCCAGCACGGUUGGCCUGCUGUAAUGUGAAGGAGUUCUCUUGGUUCGUUGCCGUGGCGAGGCUAGUGAGUGACAGUUGCUCUGUUUCACCAGAGGGGGCACUGCUGGUGUCGCGUGCUGAUCCGGGCAUCAAGCUCAGGUUUCCUCCAGAGGCUACCACACUGACACGCACCGUCACCCUGCAGGUGCUGCAGGUGGUGUUGUCUGAGGUGAGGGAGCUGAGUGGAGACCCUGAUGCUCGGGCCUCCCCCCUCCUGCGUCUCUCCCAGACUCCCAGCAUGCCUUUCCUCCAGCCAAUCAGGGUGCAGAUCCCCCUCCCACCCGGCCUCACUGGUCACAUGGUGGACAUGUCAAAGCUGCACCUGUUGCACAGAGACUCAGCUUCACACUCCUGGAGUGACAUCACAACACAGGUGUCCUUACAGAUCACUCACCUGUAUGCCAUCUUCACCAUCACACACUUCUCCUGGUACUGGCUGUGGUACUCUACCCAGAAGUGCAUCAGUGGAGUGGUGCGUAAAGUGUAUCACAAGUUGAAGCAGUUCCGUGUGCAGUUUCUGGCUCAGCAGAAGAAGAGUGAUCCUCUUCAGGUGCUGCUACAGUGCCUUCCAGCCUGCAAGGUGGAGAGCAGACUGGAGUCUCUGUGUGAGGUGUAUGAUGGUCCCCAACCCUCUGAUGUGUGUGACCUGCUGGAAGGGGAGCAGUUUUUCGCAGGUUUUGAGAGAGGCAUCGACGUCAACGCAGACCGUCCGGACUGCGUGGAGGGUCGCCUGGCCUUCGUGUUCUACUCCCACCUGAAGAACCUGAAGGAGGUGUUCAUCUGCCCCAGCACGGGGCAAGAGGGGCCCAUCAGGGGGCAGGUGUCGUUCUAUAGAGGCGAAGUGCCCAGUGAUCUGCCUGUGGAGGCGCUGAAGAAGAGGAAAGGCCACGACAGCCAGUGGAUGGCCACACUGCCCAUUAGGCUUCCGGCCCCAGGUUUCGAGGGCAGCAGCGGCAGUGUGUUUGCAGAGCGGGAGUACCCGCCGCUGAACCUGGGUGACCCGGAGAGCGGCUACCUGACGGAGACCAACCUCCUGGGCAUCUCGCUGCGCAUUGGGCAAGACUGGCGCAACAUUGGCAUGAACCUGGGCAUCAGCUACCAUGAGCUGGACCGCAUGCAGUACAAACACAGGCAUGACCUUGGCUCCCUGGUUCUGGAGAUGCUCUUCCACUGGGCUCGAGCCCAGCAGGAAAAGGGGGCGGUGCCUCGACUGAUUGACGCCAUGCUGGACAGCGGGAGGCGGGACCUGGCGGAGGAAGUGGAGGAGAUUGUGAGCGUGGGUAAGAAGAACUACCAGGUCUAUCUGAAGAAGGCGGGGCUUCAAGAGGAAGUGCCUAGCGCUGGCGAAACACAGCCCUCUACAUGACGCAGGAAGAGGAGGAGGAGGAGGAGGAGGAGUGGACUCUCCUGUCAUCUCUCUUCUGUCUGGCAUCCUCUCCUCUCUUCCCCCUCUCCUUUCUCCCCCCCCUUCUUUCUCAUCCACCCCUCUUCUCCUCUCCUCUCUCCUCCACACCUCUUCCCCCUGUUUUCUCUUCUUGUCAUCUCUCUUCUCUCUCUGGCAUCCUCUCCUCUCUUCUCCCUCUCUUCUCUUCCCCCUCUCCUCUCCUCUUCUCUCUUCGUCCUGCCUCUGGCUUGCUCUUUUCCUCUCCUCUCCUCUCCUCUCCAUUACACUCUUUCCCCCUCUCUCCUCCACAGUCUUUCCCCCUCUGUCCUCUCCUCCACUCCUCUCUCUCCCCUCCCUCUGGCUUGCUCUUUUCCUCUCCUCUCCUCUCCUCUCCUCUCUCUCCUCUCUCCCCCCCUCCUCUGGCUUGCUCUUUUCCUCUCCUCUCCUCUCCUCUGCUCUCGUCUCCUCUCCUCUCCUCUCCUCUCUCUCCUCCACUCCUCUCUCCCCCCUUCCUCUGGCUUGCUCUUUUCCUCUCCUCUCCUCUCCUCUCCUCUCCUCUCCUCUCCUCUCCUCUCCUCUCCUCUCCUCUGCUCUCGUCUCCUGCCUGUGAGUGGACAGAUGGCAGCUCAUUGCCCACGUGCCUGGUGCCCUGGUCCAGACUGGUAUCUGAUGUCAGAUUAAAGUGCCCACUAGCUCCAGGCCAGAGCCUCAUCGCCAGGAUAACACUUCCUGAUUCCUCACCUCCAGGGCUGCUUCAAAAGGGCCUGCUAGACGCUGUGAAUGUGUGUGUGAGUGUGUGAGAACCUGAGUGCACGUGAGUCUGCACACACAGAAGAAUGUGAAUAGAUGUUAAACUGCACACAAAUGUUGUGUAUGUUUGUCUCAACAUGAACUGAUGAACGUGUCGACCUUGUCAAUGUUUUUUUUUUUUUACAACAUUACUAUUACUAGUACAACUAUUGUUACAAACAAUGAAGUAUAAAACCACAUAGAUUGGUUGGAACUCUUAAUAUUUAUUCAUAUUUCAAUGUGUCAAUGUCCCUCGUGUAUUUUCUGUGUGUGACACAGACCAGUCAUUUCUGUGAAUUAAAACUGGAUUUCCGAAUUGAA